GUGGAAGCAUUUUCUAGAAGUGCCUUGAACGGACUUUGCUUCUAUGUAGUUUUGCAGAGCAGCUGAUAUAUGACCUGAUUUUGUUACCGUUGGUAUCCGGAUACUGAAGGAGACAUAAGAACUCUGAAUCAGCUCAGCAAAGAUGCAUUCGUGGAAAAACAUGUGGCUUCUUUUCACUGUAAUGCUCUUCUGUAUUUACGAAGGGAAAGGUAAUAAACAAGAUGGUCCGAUUAUUUCCACCAAAUAUGGACAGUUAAAAGGAAAAAUUGUUGAAGUGAAGGGAACAAACAAAGCUGUCUAUGUUUAUCAAACAAUUCCAUUUGCAAAGGCACCUGUUGGAUCCCAAAGGUUUACAGCUCCUGGAAAAAUAGAAUCUUGGAAAGGAGUAAGGGAUGCUGCAACCAUAUUUCCACCAAUGUGUUUACAACCCAGGGAACAAGUUGAUAUUUUAUUUGAUUAUCUGGGAAUUGAAUUGCCUCCUCUGGAGAUGAAUGAAGACUGUUUGUACUUGAAUGUCUACACUCCAGUACCACCAAAUGAAAUGGCAAGCCUACCGGUAAUGGUGUUUAUCCACGGUGGAGGCUUUAUGAUUGGUGGUGCCUAUAUGACCGAUGGUUCAUCCCUGGCAGUGUAUGGAAAUGUAGUGGUUGUAGUAAUCCAGUAUAGGCUUGGUGUCUUUGGAUUCUUCAGCACUGGUGAUGAACAUGCUCGUGGAAACUGGGGUCUCCUCGAUCAAGUUGCUGCUCUGCAGUGGGUACAAGAGAACAUCAAGAGCUUUGGUGGUGAUCCAGGUUCAGUAACCAUUUUUGGAGAGUCAGCAGGAGGUGCAAGUGUCUCCUUGCUUGUUCUGUCUCCCUUGUCUGAGAAUCUGUUUCACAGAGCAAUUUCUGAGAGUGGUUCAGCAAUAAUUCCUGGAUUCUUCAGACAUGACCCACAAGAAGUUGCUAAGAUGAUUGCCAAUUUCUCUGGAUGUGAUACACUCAACUCUGCAUCUAUGGUCAAGUGUUUAAGAGACAAAACUGACGAAGAAGUAUUGAACUCUACAAGUUCAUUGCUGUUUACAGUGCCACUAGUCGCAGAUGGAGUAUUUUUAACAAAAUCACCUGAAGAACUUCUUCUUGCAAAAGAAAUCAUAGAUGUUCCUUAUUUGCUUGGUGUUACCAAUCAUGAAGCAGGCUGGCUGCUUCCUUCAAUGUUCUUGCCAGAAGGAUGGCCAGAGGGAGUAGACCGAGCGACUGUAGAAUCUGUUAUAGGUAGCCUCUGCCGGAAUAUGAGUGUAGGAGAGGAGCUUCAACAGUUCAUUGUAAAAGAAUACUUUGAAGAUAUCGAAGACCCCAUUCAGUUGCGGGAUCUUUUUCUCGAAUUUUUAGGUGACUUAAUUCUUGUUAUCCCAACAUUCAGGGCUGCUAAGUACCAUAGAGAUGCUGGUUACCAAGUAUAUUUUUAUGAGUUCCAGCACCGCCCCAGUAUAUAUGGAGACAGGAAACCAGACUUUGUAAAAUCUGAUCAUGGGGAUGAGCUUGGCUUUGUUUUUGGUAUGCCUUUCUUAACUGGAGAAAUUAAACUGUUUGAAAAUUCAACUGAAGAAGAAAAAUCAUUCAGCAAAAUGAUUAUGAAAUAUUGGAGUAACUUUGCAUAUACUGGAUCCCCUAAUGGAGAAGGUCUCUUACACUGGCCAGCAUAUGAUUCCAGAGAGGAGUACAUGCAGCUAAACAUAAAGCCAAGCAGAGCAGCACACUUUAAGGAGAAAAGAGUGGCAUUCUGGACGGAGGCAUUCCCUGAAAAAGUAAAGGAAAUAUCUGAAAGAAAGAAUGAACGUUCUGAAUUGUAAUUUAAAAAAAAUCGUUCUGCAUUUACUCCAAAAAUGUAUUAAAAUCAAGCCAUGAAGAACAAAGCAAAUUAUGUCAGGACUUCUAGAACACCUCUCUUUAUACAACUUUAGUGCCUUGUAGGUAUGGAAAUAUAUUUUAUAAUCUGUAACAAUGCAUUUUUUUAGGAAACAGAGACAUUCUCAACAAAGAUUGAUAAAGUAACACCAUAAAACAGUGAAUAUUUUGGCUUACAAAUUUAUUAAAAUAUUGACUAUUCUAAUGAAAGAUGUAUGCUACAACAAUGGUACAUGGAAAAUGUUAGGUUACAUUUUCUAGAUUAUGUAAGAGCUGUAUUCCUCAUAACUAUUUUACACAUAAGAUUAUUAUCAUAUAACUGAAGGCCUUUCUUCAUUCUGUUACAAAUAUGAACUUGUAACUUAUAAUUCAUCUUCCAGUUGUAGUUGUGCACUAACACAUCCUGCUCCAAUCAA